GUUGGGUUGUGGUCGAAUGAAGAUCCUUUCAUCAUUGGCAUAACAUCAUUAGCGAUAAUUGAUGGCUGUCUGCGGUUUGCAAAUUCCGGGUCGAAUUGCCAGUUUCACGCAGACGCCACUUUCAAGUUAAGUGGCAUAGGGUACCCAGUGGUGACGUGUGGAUUUACGGACAAGGCCAGAGCCUAUCAAGUGGGGGCCUUCUUCGUUGUCUCGCACGAAUACACCGAGUGUUUCCGCAGCUUCGUGGAGCUUAUACGUGAAGUGCGUGGGGUCUCCCUCCAAGUGGACACACGCGGAAGACGCCCAAUACAUCGCAGUAGAGUCUGUUUCGGCGUUUGCGGAUGCUUCUUCCAUGUGUUGUACUAUGUGCGGAAGAGAAUCCAGCAUCUACCGACCAAAAUAAGAAUGAUGGUGAUGUCAUUGAUCGUUGACAUGCACUAUGCCACCGGUUUGCUGGACUUUGAGCUGUGCAUAGAUCAUGAGCUGCAGAAAUGGAAGGGGACCACGCAUCUGAAAGAAUUCGCGACUUAUUUCGACUCACAAUGGCGCAAGGGCUGGUACUGGAGAUGGCAGACAUAUCACACCCCCGCUGGAUAUGUGUCCACCAACAAUCCAUGUGAGAAUCUGAACGGCGCCAUAAAGCUUUUCUUACAGCGGCGUCGA